AUGGCUUGGUAUGAUAGAACCGGAUGGCGAAGCAGGCGUUUCUGGAUAGAACCCCUUCGCUCUCACUGCUCUGCUGAUCAAUAUUUUUAUUAUUCACGCAUCGGCAACGACCCGGACGACGGCGAGUACGGCAAUAAUGGUGGUGCUGACGAUGGCGAUAGCAGUAGUGGCGAGAGGCAGCUGGCCACUGCAACUCUGACCACUGGUCUGUGUUGGGGAUAA